AUUCUGCAGGCAGGAAGCAUCAGAGUGGUCUUACCUACAGAAAGCUAUCAACCAAAUUUUCAAAACCAUCCAUUUCUAUUUUCAGUAAGCCAAAAUGUCUCUGAUUCCAAGCUUCUUUGGCAACCGCCGGAGCAACGUCUUCGAUCCAAUGUCGUUGGAUAUCUGGGAUCCCUUUGAGGGCUUCCCCUUCUCCACCUCCUCCGCCCGAGAAACCACAGCCAUCGCCAACCCCCGCAUCGACUGGAAAGAGACGCCGGAAGCCCAUGUAUUCAAGGUGGAUGUUCCUGGGUUGAAGAAAGAAGAAGUUAAGGUGGAGGUUGAGGAUGGCACAAUUCUGCAGAUAAGCGGGGAGAGAAGCAAAGAGCACGAGGAGAAGAACGACAAAUGGCACCGUGUGGAGAGGAGCAGCGGCAAGUUCCUCCGCCGCUUUAGGCUGCCGGAAAAUGCCAAAUUGGAUCAGGUGAAGGCGGCAAUGGAGAAUGGGGUGCUGACAGUCUCGGUGCCCAAGGAGGAGGUGAAGAAGCCAGAGGUGAAGGCCAUUGACAUCUCUGGUUGACCAAAUU